GUCCGAGGGACUGGCUUGUGGAUGUGGUUUGUGUCUGGGUUUGAACCUCAGAGCUGUUUGGAUUUGCUCGCCUUCACCUUUCAGGAAAAUCCAAAAUGGGCCGCCAGGUUUGGGAAAGUUGAAACACGAGGCUGUACCUCCUUAUGUUUCUGCUUAUGCCCUGGUCACCUUCGAGGAACGUGGGAAUAAAGGGAGGACGCGCGCCUGGUGGCCGGCCUUCCGGCUGGGGCGCUCUGACGCUAGCGCUGCUGUUGAGGCUCUUUUGGCAUCUUCGGGGCUCAGCCUUGUUUAAUUAAAGUGGGAACUGAUGCACUGAAGGAAGCAAAGGUUUUCCCCUACCCACUCACCCAAGGGUUCUAGAGACCUUGCAGGUCAAUCUACUUUGUAGAUACUUGAACGUUCUGCGGAGCAGGGUCUGGAUGCAUUUGCGUGGGAACUAGAAUUUUAAGGGUUCCCUGGAAUUCCGAAAACCGAGUUUUGAGCACCACCACACCUGCAGCGUGGGAUUCGUGAUUGUCUUUCCGGAUCCCGGGACUUCAACAUGUAUCUUGGUUCUUGGUUAAGUCGUCUAUGCAGGGGUUUAUCCAGACCCAUCGGGAAGACCAUGCGGCCAAUCUGGGGUUCUUUUUCCAGAAAUCUGGCGUUGAGUUCACAAAGAAUUCCAGAAUUCAGUAGCUUUGUUGCUCGGACCAACACAUGCGGAGAGUUGCGUUCGUCCCACUUAGGCCAAGAAGUCACUCUGUGUGGAUGGAUUCAGUACCGCAGGCAGAACACCUUCUUAGUCCUAAGAGAUUGCCAUGGCCUUGUUCAGAUUCUCAUUCCCCAGGAUGAGUCAGCCGCAUCUGUGAGGAGGAUUUUGUGUGAAGCCCCUGUGGAGUCUGUGGUGAGAGUAUCUGGGACAGUAAUCUCCCGUCCCCCAGGACAAGAGAAUCCGAAAAUGCCGACAGGUGAGAUUGAAAUCAAAGUUAAAACAGCUGAGCUCCUGAAUGCCUGCAAAAAGCUGCCCUUUGAAAUUAAAGACUUUGUGAAGAAAACAGAGGCGCUCCGUUUGCAGUAUCGCUACUUAGAUCUGCGCAGCUUCCAGAUGCAGUACAACUUGCGGCUGAGGUCGCAGAUGGUCAUGAAAAUGCGGGAAUAUCUUUGUAAUCUGCAUGGGUUUGUGGAUAUAGAAACCCCAACCUUGUUUAAGAGGACCCCUGGAGGUGCCAAGGAGUUUUUAGUACCAUCCAGGGAACCUGGAAAGUUUUAUUCCCUCCCUCAAAGUCCUCAGCAAUUUAAGCAACUUCUGAUGGUUGGAGGUUUGGACAGGUAUUUUCAGGUCGCCCGGUGUUACCGAGAUGAAGGCUCAAGACCGGAUAGACAGCCUGAGUUUACUCAGAUUGACAUAGAGAUGUCCUUUGUAGAGCAGACUGGCAUUCAGCGUUUAGUUGAGGGUUUGCUGCAGUAUUCCUGGCCUGGUGAUAAAGACCCUCUCGUGACUCCUUUCCCUUCCAUGACUUUUGCUGAGGCCCUGGCCACCUAUGGAACUGAUAAGCCAGAUACUCGCUUUGGGAUGAAGAUUGUGGAUGUCAGUGAUGUGUUCAGGAACACAGAGAUCAGAUUCCUUCAGGAUGCACUGGCUAAGCCUCAAGGAACUGUCAAAGCAAUAUGUGUUCAUGACGGAGCAGAAGUCCUACCUAUAUUCCUGAAUGCCAAGAAGAACUGGAGUUCACCAUUUGCUAAGUUCAUAAUGGACGAGGAAAGACUGGAAUUAGCCAGAUCGUUGGAGAUACAAGAAGAAGACAUGGUGUUACUGACUGCUGGGGAACAUGAGAAAGCAUGCUCUCUGUUGGGAAAGUUACGGCUAGAGUGUGCAGACCUUUUGGAGAUGAGAGGAGCGGUGCUCCGAGACCCAGCAGUGUUCUCCUUUCUUUGGGUGGUUGACUUUCCACUCUUUCUUGCCAAGGAAGAGAGUCCCACAGAGCUGGAGUCAGCCCAUCACCCAUUUACUGCUCCUAAUUCCAGUGACAUUCACCUCCUCUAUACUGAGCCAGAAAAGGUUCGUGGCCAACACUAUGACUUGGUUUUAAACGGCAAUGAGAUAGGAGGUGGUUCUGUCCGAAUCCAUGAUGCCCAGCUACAGAGGUACAUCCUGGAAACAUUGCUAAAGGAAGAUGUGAAAUUGCUUUCCCAUCUGCUUCAGGCUUUAGACUAUGGGGCACCCCCACACGGAGGAAUUGCCUUAGGGUUAGACAGACUGGUAUGUCUUGUCACGGGAGCACCCAGCAUCAGAGAUGUCAUAGCCUUCCCUAAAUCCUACCGAGGACAGGACCUUAUGAGCAAUGCUCCAGACUCCGUGUCUCCAGAAGAGCUGAAGCCUUACCAUAUCCACGUCUUGUGGCCAGCAGACUCAGAAGAGGAGAGUGCAUCCGCCACACCUUCCAAACACUUGAGCUCUUAACUUUUGUCUUUGCUUCACCAAACUUAAAAUAAGAUCCAGACCUGCCACAGACUUUAGAACCAAGUGUCUGUGUAGAAGCAAUCAUUACCGAGUAAGAAACAGAAGCUACACAGUUGUAACUUGGUCAUGUGUACCAUUAGGACUUUCUGUGGAAGUUUUUUAAUUGGAAAAUUGUCAAAUGAAACAAAAAAAUCUCUUGGGCUGGUGAGAUGGCUCAGUGGGUAAGAGUA